AUGCUGCUGCUGGAGCGCGGCGCCAACAUAGAGGAGGUCAACGACGAGGGGUACACGCCGCUCAUGGAAGCCGCGAGAGAGGGGACACGCCCCGGCCAGCUUGAGGCGCCGCUGACGCUGGCGGCGUGCGGCGGGCACGUGGAGCUGGCCAUGCUGCUGCUGGAGCGCGGCGCCAACAUAGAGGAGGUCAACGACGAGGGGUACACGCCGCUCAUGGAAGCCGCGAGAGAGGGCCAUGAAGAGAUGGUAGCCCUCCUCCUCGGGCAGGGCGCGUCGAUAAACGCCCAGACCGACGAGACGCAGGAGACGGCGCUGACGCUGGCCUGCUGCGGCGGCUUCCUGGAGGUGGCGGACUUCCUCAUCAAGGCCGGCGCCGACGCCGAGCUGGGCGCGUCGACCCCUCUUAUGGAGGCCUCGCAGGAGGGCCACCUCGAGCUUGUGCGAUACCUCUUAAACGCGGGCGCGGACGUGCACGCGCAAACCCAGACGGGCGACACGGCGCUGACGUACGCAUGCGAGAACGGCCACACCGACGUGGCCGAGCUACUCCUGCGAGCCGGCGCCGAGCUCGAGCACGAGAGCGAGGGCGGCCGCACGCCGCUCAUGAAGGCCUGCCGCGCCGGGCACGUGUGCACCGUGCAGUUCCUCGUGGGCAAGGUGAGCCAUAGAGAUCUAGAGUUGCCAGGCGCGGACGUGCACACUCAGACGCAGACGGGCGACACGGCGCUGACGUACGCAUGUGAGAACGGUCACACCGACGUGGCCGAGCUACUCCUGCGCGCUGGUGCCGAGCUCGAGCACGAGAGCAGAGUAAAUACAAAUGAGUAG